UAGAAGAAGUGCAUCGUAGUGUAGAAAAUUUUGACAUUACAUUACAUUCAGUUACCUUCCUUUCAUUGUAUUUAUUGCUUAAAUAUAAUUUAAAUACAGAGACGUAUUUACGUCAGAUUCUCCGGAACUUGGAACAAGUCUUUCCUUACGAAACAAUAAACUUCACUAUUAAAGCAGCCUGUGUUUGGCCAUAUUCCUAGAUAUGAUCAUGUGCACAGUUAAUUUAUUGUAACAUGACUGAACAUGUGUGUAAUAUGCAGUACUGUAAGAGGAACAUGACAGACUACAAGCAUGAGGACGUUAUGAAGGCCGCGAAAUUGCUGUUCUGCAAGCGAUCUCGUACUCUCCACCAUUGGCUUUACCCGGAUUUAACGAAGAGUAAGUUUAAUAAGGCUCUGUCGGCAGCCUGGGGCACAUUACCGGACAACGAGAGACACCUUUAUAUUUCAGAGGUACUUGGAAGAUCACCCCUUGGAGUCUCCAGCCUCAAGAUCAAUCCGCAGCUGAACGUGUUGUUGAGGGAACUGCCGGAGAAAAAUCGCGUGACAUCGUGUACCAGAGACAGUGCUGAUGAGACAGGCCAAGCCGUGCAGGAACUUCUUGCUUCUAGUUGUGAUUUACAAGCCUCGUCAUCUUACCCGGAAUCGAAACCUCAAAAUACUACAAAUAUCUGCAGAAAACGCAAAUCACUGCAGUCGCGAAGAACGCCACUUGGGGAUGUUGAUCUCGAGGACCAGGAUAAAGAGACUGUCGUCUUAAAACGCGCGCGCAAAUCGCGAGCGGAAGUCGAAAUGAAGCAAAAUCAGGAAGGUACUUGUGAAGAUGAAAAAUCUCUAUCUAUGACUCAAUCAGGACAUCAGGAUAAGGAGUGUGAUUUCUGGAGGAACACAUCUGCCCCCGAUUAUCUGUUCCCUAAUCUGUUGCCUGAAACAGUAGCUUCUGAUGAUAUUGGUGAAAUUUCGGGAAUUGUACGGCAUCCAGAAGAUCUGCCUACUCACACAAAAUUGUUUACUGAAACAGUGAUUUUUGAUGUCACUUGUGAAUUUAGGGGAAUACAACAGCUUCCAGAACAUCUGCCAUCCCACACAGAUUUGUUACACGAAACAGCGGCUUUUGUUGAAAUUGGUGAAUUUUGGGGAAUGGCAUAGCAUGCAGAAGAUCUGCCUACUCACACAGAUUUGUUUCCUGAAACAGUGACAUCGAUUCUCGUCUUUGAUUUUCGAAGAUGUGUGGUACUGUGACACAAAAUUUUACUAAAUCUAGUAUUAUCUAUUUGUAGGUAUACAGAAUAUUUGGAAUUCAAAUCAGUAUAUAUUAUAGGGAAAAUUAUACAAAAUUGUAAGAAAGUUUAUAGGUAACUAAUAUACUUUAUAAUUUCCAUUGAUUGGUGUUUAUGAAUUUAACCUUUACAGGAUCCCAGUAUGAUAUCUGUUUUAAUCUUUGACUGUGCAUCUGUGCUGUCAAAAUUAUUGCACGAUCCACUUAAAUUUUACAACUUGUCUUAAUAGACACAUAUUUGGAAAUUUGUAAUUUUAUCUAUGUACUAUUCUUGUAUGUAUGAAUUGUUGUGAAAUUAAAUACAUGGAGUUAUAAAGA